CGCGUAGUUGGAUCGCUUUGCAUGGGAGACGUGAUUUCGCAUGAGUGGGAACGGGCCUUCGCGCGUCGCACUAUUAUCACCGCUACCGAUAUGGCGAAAUGGCGAAAUAUCACCCUCGACAACGCUGGUCGCAUGUACGAGCUGCGUGUCUUCGUUGGCCCGACGAGAGACGAGGCUCAACCUCUGAAAUUCAAGUGCCUUGACUUCGCCGAUGCUCGAAGUGACGUCGCAUAUCUUCCAGAAUGUCCCCCAGCCGCCAAUGGCACACUUCUCGCAGCAUCGCUUUGGCACAAUAUCCUUGUAUGGAGGCUAUCGGACGGUUUACUGGUUCAAUGUCUGCAGAGCCAUACGGGAACAUUCUAUUCCUUGGCAUUUUCCCCCGAUGGCUACUCGCUCGUCUCGGGAGCGAAGGACGGCACUGCGGUUGUUUGGGAUAUCAGGCGUGGUUGUGUACUCCUAUGUCUCGACGGACAUAACGGGGAGGUUAACAAAGUUGCAUACGCUCCUCACGGUACACUCAUCGCUACCGCCGCCGUGUCCAACUUCUGUGAAACCGUGAGGGUCUGGGACGCAUCAACCGGAGCAUGCCUGCAGUCCUUCGGUGUUGACAGGAGCGUGCAUGAGCUAGCAUUUUCCCCGGACAGCUUGCGUUUCUACGUCAAGCUAUCUGACGAAUAUUCCAUCUAUGAUACCGAAACCUACGCUCGCAUUGGUGGUGUCAGCGCGACCGGGGCGAUAUCGCGCCAAGUUGACCGCAUCGUUACGACCACCAAAACGGACAAGGUUCGAGUCAAAAUUUUGAGUGCAAUAACUGGUCAAGAGCUCCUCGCAAUCGAUGAACAGAGAGAGCUGUCAGAUCUAGCAGCAUUCUCUCCAGACGGGCUCGAGAUAUUGGUAAUUUGCAAAGCAGAUGGAACAGCCACCACGUACGAUUCGGGGACAGGCCAGCUGCGUUGUACAUUCAGAUUAUCAAGCACACCGCACGAUGUGAUGUACUCUCCGUCCGGAGACUACGUCAUCUUCGCCAAUCAAGACGAUGUCUACGUGUACGGCGCGAAGUCUGGAACAUUUAUUGCAAAGGUUGAAGGAUAUGUGGAUCAAUUACUUCACUUGGAAGCAUCUCGACUUAUAUCUGAUAGUCAGACCCUCCUGUGGUCUAGUUACGGUGGAACACACCUCCGUGCGUGUAAUAUUCAAGAUCUAUUGCGAAUACAAUAAUAUACUGUUACCUGCCCCGCUCGUUGUACGUUACACGUAGCAAGCGAACAUGCGUGAAUAUAAAACACACUUCGGGCCCUAGAAGCUAGUCAGCGCAUCGGUCGUAUGGCGCGUAUUUCAGACUUCACGGAUCGUGCGCAGCGGUCGGUCGCACCGCGGGCGGGCAUACAGAGAUCUCUACGCGAGCUGAACUAGUUCCCCUUGCCGGUAAAUCCCUGCAGUGCGAACUCCGGUCGGCCGGUCUGACAAUAUCUCGUCAUCUUCCGAAAGAUUCUGA